AUGAAUGGACCAGCCUCCAUCCUCAGGCUACCCCCUGAGCUCCUCGAGAUUAUUGUAUCGAUGGUCCGCUAUUCAGUGGGCACUCUGAAGGCCCUAUCUCAGACCUGUUACUACUUACAUGCAAUCGUAGCGCCUUUUCUUUACCAUUUGGUUGUCAUUUGGAGUCCGAAAUCCAUGAAAUACUUUUUGGAGACAGCUGCGAGGUCUCAUUACUUGACUUCUCUUAUACGAGAGCUACAGAUUCAUUACCAUGAUCUCGACGAGGAGACUGACGAUUCGCCGGAAUAUGUUGAGCCUAUUCUUCCGAGAUUCGUGAAUCUGGAGUCAUUGAUCAUCAGAUCAAACGAUUCUAAUUGGGGCAAGCCUAGCAAGUUGCAACUACUGCGCCACCCACAAGAAACACUCCCUACUCUACGAUCUAUUACCCUCAGCAUUGACUAUGAUUCUGAAUGGAAAUUUCCAGUCGGGUCAUAUAGGUCAUUACUUCACCACCCUGGUCUAGAAAAAAUAACUAUCACUGGAGCUGAAUUCGAACUGAGAUCGCGCGACAAGAGUCCAACAUAUUUCCGAUCAAGCCGCCUUCGAGAGCUUAACUUGUUGAACUGUGAUGUCACACCCGAAGACAUUCAAGGCAUGCUUCAUUACCAUCAUCAACUCAAGCAUUUCACUUUGAAGGGCCAAGAAGCAAUAGAACCUAUACAUUGGCGCGUUGGGGAAGAUAGUCGACAGUGGUAUGUCGAUGCUCUCAGGUCCCAGUCUUCAUCUUUAGAAAGUCUUGAUCUUGACAUUCAAUACAUGGAAUGGGAAGAGCCAAUGGAUCUCAGCAACUUUCCAGCUCUCCAAUCCCUCACAACUUCACCAAGAAUGCUGAUUGGAGACAAUGAAUGUUUUUGGCUUAAGCCGGCCUCAGCUUUGGAAUGGGCGAAGCUUCUUCCGUCAAACUUACAGCAUCUCAAGUUCCGCAGUUCAUGUGGAGUGUUUCCCAUAUCGCAGAUCUACCAGGCUCUUCGCGAGGGCUACCUCCAUCUUCGCUCCUUGACUUGCCAAAUAGCUUCAAAUAUGCUAGAAGACGGCUCACUUUACUACGAAGAGGCAGACCUUAAUAUUGUUGAUCCCGAAGGAAUCCCGGUUUUUCGUUCGCCAGAUGAGAUCAUGUCUGAUGUUUCUCCAGAUGGAGUUCCAUACUCGCAGGGAUUUUGGGAGCUUGGCACUGAAUUCAUUGUGACCGAAGUUCCUCGUAUAGAGAAGCUGCCAGGGUACGAUUCAUGUCCGUGUACUUGCUGGAUAUAUAAGCAUCGCGUCUCGAAUGUGCCUCCAGCGUGGUGA